AUGCGCUCGUUUGCGAUUGUAUUGCUGUGUUUCGUGGCCGCUGCCUUUGCCCAGCGAAUCCUACAACCAGCUGAACUAGCUACACCACCACCACCACCGCCACCAACACGACCUCCCCCACCUCCACCAGACACCUUAACGGAUGAAGAAGGCAACUCGUUCAAGGUUGUGGUGGAUCGAGAAAGCAUGCAGCUGUUAAACAGCACUGGCAGCCUGGUAUCGAGCGUUCUCAACAGUAACGGUUGGAUCGUCGUGAUCUCCUCUGACAGGGAUGUCUGCAUAAUCUCAGAUCCAACCCGCUGUCCCGGCCGCUGCUUCAAACUAGUUGCGUUCGAUGGCCGCGUUUCUGACAACGUUCUGGCGUUCUGCAAGGGGAGACCUAUCAUGCAGCAGGUGGCAGUGCCAUGCGAUGACAACACGGGUGUUACCACCGUUGGUCCUGUAAUAUCAGUUAAUAUCAGUGGUGCUGCAUUAAGUAAAUCAGUCCAACUGCCCAUCUGGCCCACAUUGCCACGUUGGUCCUGCUGCUGCCGUUGGAGACGCUUCGCAUGGUGGCCCUGCUUGAAACCGGUUUGCUUCGCCUACGACAAGUUUGGCAUCUGCUUGAACUGGGGUUGCGCCGAAUGGGGUUGGCACUGGCACUGGAUUCAAGACUGCGUGUGUGGCUGGGAGUGGCCAUUCUUUUUACAUCACGGUUAAUUUAUUGAUAUAACAUUACAAAGUGUGACACUAAAAUGUUUCCGAUUCCAGACCAUAUUCAAUAAAACAAAAACAAGUGUAAGGAAGGCAACGUUCAAUUGGCUUUUUAUAAA